AUGGCGGAGGGCAACCAGCAGCCUCCUCCGGCGCCGUCGACAGAGGGGAUUGGGGAGGAUCAGUGGAGGACGAGACACAUGGGUCCGCCGGCAGCGCCGUCGGCGCAUCCGCACAAUCAGCAGGCCGCCUCGGCGAUCCCUGCGCACGAGGACGUGCCGCCGCCGUAUCUCCUGGACCGCACGCCAGUGGACAAGUCGACGAACAGCCCCAUGGAGACGAUUCUCGACUACUUCAACACCUGGACCGCGAAGACAGAGACCCUCGCCACCAACGUCUGGUUCAAUCGUAAGUCAAGAGAGAGAGAGAGAGAGAUAGAGAGAGGGAGAAGGGGGGCUUUUGUUUUCUGCAGGUUAAUGGUUUAUUUGGUUUGAUUGAUCCAAGAUCGGUAAUUUUAUUGAUGGAAACAUUGAAAUCGUGGAAUUCACAGUGAACACGGCGCCAUCGAAGACGAAGGUGGCCUGGGGAAAGCUGGGAUUGGCGGCGAAGGCGAUAACAGAGGGUGGGUUCGAGCCACUCUUCAAGCGCAGCUUCCCUACGGACCCCAGCGAGAGGUUGAAGAAGACGUUCGCCUGCUACCUCUCCACUGCCACCGGCCCCGUCGCCGGGACUCUCUACCUGUCCAACGUCAACGUCGCCUUCUGCAGCGACCGCCCCCUCUCAUUCACCGCCCCCUCCGGCCAGGAAGCCUGGAGCUACUACAAGGUAAGCAACCGUCGAGAUUAGACAGAGAUUCCUUCCUUCGGAUUGAGGAAUUCACAGGUGCUGACCGCCGUUUUUCGAGCAGGUCGUCGUCCCCUUGGCGAGGAUCGCCAGCGUGAACCCGGUGACCAUGAAGGAGAACCCGCCGGAGAAGUACAUCCAGAUCGUCACCGUCGACGGCCACGAGUUCUGGUUCAUGGGCUUCGUGAACUACGAGAAGGCAUCGAACCACCUUAUUGAAGCUGUCUCCCAUUUCGCGGCAUCGCUUCGGACGGCCGACCCUGCGGUCGCCCAGGUGCAGAGCCAGUAG